AUGUCUUCUGACUAUCAACGGCGAAGGACUUUCGCAGCUGCGGAAGGCUUUGUCUGCAGCAUACAAGGCUUUGAAGAUUGGGUAUCAGGACUGCUCAGCUCGGGUGAAGGAGGAGAAGGGGCAAGAGCUCGUAGCGAAUCACACUUGAUCAAGAUGUCCGACCCUGAUAGUCCCACAACCCGCACGUCGGCCAACCUCUUCGCUGCUGGAGGUCAAUCCAUCCCGGACUACCUCAGCACCGCCUUCCCGCACAAGGACACUUCCUCCACCUCCACCGCCUCCCCCACUACACCCAAGAGAAAGACCAUGUCCGAGGCAUUCGGCAUUAUCCCAGAUGGAACCUUUGGAGGAAUCGUUGGUGGAGAAGAUAGUUCGGAGGAAGAUACGAAUGAUGUUCCAUUUCGGCAGUGGCAACGAAUGUUUGUAGCAGAGCUGACGGACUGGAUCGUUCUUGGGGUUCGAACAGAAUACGCCGCUCAGAUGAGCGUAGACGAUCCCACGUUCAACCACACCUCCACUGGUGCUGCCCACUCACUCUCCUUCACAGUCACCGUCACGUUCGACCACCUCUCCGCAACCAACUUUGAAUUCGCAGGCUCCAUCAAGGACCCCAAAGAACAAGCUUGCACCCUCUUGAUCGAGCAACUCCUCGUCCGCAACAAGACCCUCUUCAACCUCAAAGCCUAA